CGCCUCGAAGCUCAGCUGCUUUGGGAGGAAGCAGCUCGCUAUAACUUGCGCUCCUCCUCCUUCCCUCCAUCGCCAACCCUUCUCUUCUCAACACACCAUGGCCAGAGGAAACCAGAACACAGCCGAGGACGACGUCGUCCCGAUGCUGCCCGGCGCGGCGCCAAUGCCCGUCAGCGACCCCGGCACUUCCAUCUACGCAAACCCCUACGACAACCCGGACGUCCACGACCGCAACGCCGACGCUGAAGUCACCGAGAAGGGCACACAGCUGUCGAAGGGAUGGGCUGCCUACCUUCUCACCAGACGGAUCAUUGCCAUCGUCUUUUUCGUUGUCGCCGUCAUCGUCGGCAUCGCCGCCGGUGUCGUGGUCGCCAAACGGCACCGCGAUUACGAGCAGAGUUUGCUGGACGGAAUCGGUUCAGUCACCUCUUCUCCUUCUCCUGAUGCCAGUAGCGUCCCCGAGCCACACUUGGGUGGUGGUAUGAUCUCUAAUGAUGUCAGUGCGUCUGUGAUUGACGGUUUCCAGGGGACCGGAUACGGAGACUCUGAAUAUGUCAACUUAUUGACCGUCUACGCCGAUAAGUCCAUCGAGACCACUGCUCAGCAGGCAAUCAUCGACUAUGGCACUAUCGAAAAGUCGUUCUGCAUCCCUGAGAGCAACGUGGCGGGAUCCAUGGCGCCGUUUACCUCCACCGACGCUGACGGCAUCGACGACGAGACCGGCACGGAAUUGUUCGAGUACGCCAGAUGGACCGACGGCUCUCGCGCCGGCUACGUUCUCAACGGCCAUUACUCGACCGACAACACCAACGGAACUGUCUACACAAAGGCUACCCUCAGCAAGGACAACGCUGGCAACUACACCGUCCGUGCUUCGUUCAAGGUUAUUCUUGAUGACGAGUACGCUGAUGGAAACAACUAUACUGCUGUCGAGUUGACUGUUCGUCAGCCUAACAGCAAUAGCUCUUAUUCUGAUAUCAUUGGACAGUGGGCUAUUCCUCAGUACCAGAUCAAUGAGCAGUCAUUCAACAGUGAGACUGUUGUCUUGAUGGUUCCGUUUACUGUGCAAGAAGAUGGCGAUGUCUAUGUGUUUUUCAAGGCCACGACAUCCUUCCAAAAAACAUUCGUCUACAGCUUGACGGUGGCGUCGGACGACGAAAACUCUUGCAGCUCGUCCGACCCGACCUACUCCAACUAUCUUGCUGGCGAGCUCAGCACCGACAGCUUUUUGACAAUCCAGUCGGUUGCCAACGAGACAGAUGAUGUGCCGGACUCGUACAUCGACAGCUAUUGCACGCCCGACAGCACUAUCAAUCACGCCCAUUUCACAAAGUACUGGGCGUCGUCGUCUUUUGAGUUUGAUGAUAGUUCACUCUCUGCGUCUUUGAUCACAUGGGGAGACGAUUCAAAGGGCGGUAUUCAUCUGUCGGGCCUUGAUACGACAAAGGACGAUUCUUUGGAGCUCUUGGUCAACGACGGCGUUGAUAAUAUCGAUUUCAACCAAACGAUCGCGAUUCGCGCGACUUUUAUGCCCCAGAUUUAUGGCGACUACCGAGACGCGCUCGACCUGAACGCGUUCAGGUUGAUGGUCAAGAUGGGCAACGGUACCUCGGACGGCCUUGGCACGUCGCUUGUGGACGUCAAGGUCAGUCAGACGGAUGCGUACGCGUUUGGAUGGAACAAUACGGUUGUGACGAUGAUUGGCAAGUUCACGACGCUGGCCGAGAACGACACCACGGCUGAUGCGCAGAAGAUGAAGAUCUAUGUGGGAGCGACUCUGAACAGGCAGGAUACGUAUGUCUUCACGACGGCCAUCUACUCAAACAUCUCGGACUCGUCGUGUGGAUUCAUGGAUCCGAAGUAUGAAAGCAGUGUGUUUGAGGGGAUGUCUUUUAAGACAAUGGAGAGCAGUUGAGUAUGAGUGCAAUUAGCUGUAGUUUGAAUAUGAUUUCUGUAUAAUCCUUAAA